GAGGAGGAGCCGCAGCGUCAGUACACACCUGGACACGGCAGCUACGGUUACCUUCGAAAAGCAGACCCUCACACCAUGAACACCUUCAUCCUCUUCUCUCUCCUGUGCCUCGUCGUCGCCAGGUGUUCUGGACUAUCAUGCGUACCUUGUAACCCCAACGACUGCCAGGACCCCGCUACCCUGAACUGUUCAUGGGGAACUGUCAGAGAGGCGUGCAGCUGCUGUGAGACAUGCGGCGGGGGCCCCGGGGCGGUCUGUGGAGGUCCUUGGGACAUAAAAGGCAAAUGUGGCAGCUGCCUUGUUUGCAACAAGAAAACUGCAGAUGCUGAUGGCAUUUGCGUUCCCGUCAAGUCCCAUAGAGCCUGCAAGACUUCCACCACCGUCUACCGUUGUGUUCCUAGCUAUCCAUAUAAAACCGAGCUAUUGACAUCUUUUGAAGUCACACUGGUAAUAAUUAUGAAAUCAUCAUCCCUCAUGUUGAUGGAUUGUGCACGGACUCCACCUGAUUGUUUAGAGUUGUGUCGGAGUGUUGUGUCGAGGAGUCUCCACCAGACUGGCGCCCGGGUCAACAUUGCUGCAGGUGACCAUACUGAACAUUGUGAGGCUACGUUAACCCUAGCAGACGUGAACAGUCAGGACUCUGUGACCCCCAACACCAUGAACACCUUCACCGUCUCUCUCCUGUGCCUCGUCGUCGCCAGUUGUUCAGGGUUGAAAUGUGUGCCUUGUGACCCCAACACGUGCCAGGACCCCGCUACCCUGAACUGUUCAUGGGGGACUGUGAUAGAUGCAUGCAAGUGCUGCGAAAUAUGCGGCGGGGGCCCCGGGGCGGUCUGUGGAGGUCCCUUUGACAUAAGGGGCAAAUGUGGCCGCUCCCUCGUCUGUGACAAGGAAGGCGAAUAUGGUGAUGGUAUUUGCGUUCCCGCCAAGUCUCACAGAGCCUAGUGUCACCGUCCGGCAAGCGACUCUUCCCAGCUGGUAAAGUAAGCCAGCACCACCUUCCAGCUGGCAAAGUACCUCUACAAGAGAAACAUUCAAGUGCUACAACAGGAAAUUAUCACGAAUAUCUCAAUCUAUGUACGUUGUCACCAUAAUAAUAAGUGGAACUAUUGUGACGUGAAAGUUGUUCCAAAAUAAAUACCAAAUUGUGAAAUCUUAUUAUGUACAACUAUUUCUAAAUUAUAAAUAAAUUUUUUAUGAAAUGUA